UAAUGGGAAUGUCAUCGUCAACUGUGAAAGAAGAUAUUGCAAUCGGAGAAAUAACUAAGGAUCACCAUAAUACUAACGAAGCCCCUGGACCGACGUCAUUUGGAGAGGAAGAAAAUUGUCAAACAAUUCAGAUUACUUAUUCAGAUGUGCUUUGUUGUAAGGUACCUGAAUACAAUAUGCCCAUGUUGGUAAUAUGCCCAUUUCCAUUUUUUGCUUUAAUAGUUGAUAUUCGGGGAAGGAGGCGCUGGACACACUGAACGCCUAAUAUAACUAAGCCCGUGACCGACCGCAAGGUUAGUUGUGGGCUUGUUGUGGUGCAGUCAAGUUGUACGUGGUUUUUAAGAGCGUGUUUAUAAAAAUUGACGUCAGUUUUCACCUCUGUUUUGCACUUAAACGUUUUAAUUUGUCUACGACAUUAAGUGAUUUUAGUCUGCCAUAGAGUACUUAAAAUAUAACAUGCCUCGUGUCAGAAAUAAGGGGAUACGGUCGCAAUGGAGCAAUCAACAGCUAGAAUCCGCAAUUGCAGCAGUAAUGAAUGGAAUGUCAUACAACGCGGCAAGUCAAAGGUAUAAUAUUUCUAGACGCACUUUGAAACGCUAUGUAGAAAAAAAUAGUACCAAAAAGGCAAAAAUGGGGAAAAAGACUAUUUUGAAUAUAGAUCAAGAAAAUUAAUUGUCUCGACGAAUUGUUAGAUUGGCAGAAGUUGGGUAUCCCCUUAGCAAUAAAACUUUGAAAAAAUGUGUGUUUACUUAUUGCGAACAAAACAAUUUGCCACACUUUUUUUCACAAGGAACCAAAAUGGCUGGACGUUAUUGGUUAAAAGGAUUUUUGCAAAGACACCCUAAAAUAUCGAUAAGGAAAGCACAAAACAUGAAUUCUGCUCGGGCGCAAAAAUUGAACAAGUUCAUAGUAAAAGACUAUUUUGACAAAUUAAGGGGUGUACUUCAAGAAUUAGAUUUAAUCGACAAACCUGAAAGAAUUUACAAUGUGGACGAGAAAGGCUGCAUGCUCAGUCUGCAUCAUCAACAGACCGUUCUAGCAAAGAAAGGCGCGAAACGCGUACAUUUGGUUGCUCCGGAACAUGGGGAAAAUAUAACUGUUGUUAGCUGUGCUAACGCCAAUGGCACCACCAUUCCUCCUGCCGUUUUGUUUAAAGGACGGCGCAUGAAGCCCGAAUGGAAACAUAAUUUGCCUCAUGGCACGUUGGCGUUUAUGACCCCUAAAGGCAGUAUGAAUGUGGAAACCUUCAGUAUUUGGUUGGAGCAUUUGGCAAAAUAUAAAUUGGAGGGAAAGUGUCUUUUAAUAUUUGAUGGAGCCUCAUGUCACUUAGACAUUUCAAUUAUUGUCGAAGCUGCCGAGAAAUAUCAAAUAACCCUUCUGUUUGCCUAGUAACACAACUCAUGAGCUCCAGCCGAUGGACAAAGCUGUGUUUCGUUCCUUUGAACACCACUGGGACGAACAAGUGUUGUUGUAUUGGACCAAAUACAAAGAACGUACUUUAACAAAGCAGCGAUUUGGGGAAAUAUUUUCGAUAGUGUGGGACAAGGCAUUGACACCUUCUAACAUUAAAUCUGGCUUUUCUGCAACAGGAAUAUUUCCUUAUAACCCCGAUGCUACACCUGAAGUUGCUUUGCCCCAAGUAUUUUAUCAGAAAUUGAGAACACUGAUCCCACUCCCAUUAAUGUACGCCAGAAAACACCAUCUCCUACUCCUGGCUGUUCAUAUAACUCCUCUCAACAAAAAAGUGUACCAAAAUAUCGAAAAUAUCAAAAGACCCAAGACUACAAAAAAAAAGAAACCUAGAACUGAAACAUCAUCAAGUGAUAGUGAUAGCGGACCCAUUAAUGUACGCCAGAAAACACCUUCUCCUACUCCAGGCUGUUCAUAUAACUCCUGUCAACAAAAAAGUGUACCAAAAUAUCAAAAGACCCAAGAUUACAAUAAAAAAGAAACCUAGAACUGAAACAUCAUCAAGUGAUAGUGAUAGCGGACCCAUUAAUCUGCGCCAGAAAACUCAACCACCUACUGCAAGCUAUUCAAAAAGCUUUUCCCAACAAAACUGUUUGCCACAAUACCAAAAGACGCAAAUUCACAUGAAAAAGAAGUCUAAAACACAAACUUCAUCAAGUGAGAGUUCUGGCAGUGGCAGUUAUACUUCGGAAUCAGAAGACAGCGACGAAGAAGUUGAAUUGGCAAUAAAUCAGUUUCAUAAAAAAAAGGAAACUUUCCUUAUGAAUUCUGAAAAAAAUGAUUUGGUGAUUCAUAACAAAGAGAAUAACAAUCUUCGAGAAGAAAAAAGUAAUAUUGAAGAAAUAAAAACUUGCCAGGGCAAAACUUUGGACACAUCGUUUACGGAUAUGCUUGAGACUUCGGCAAAAAUUGAGAAAAAAAAAAUACACAAAAUAGAAAGAAGGCAAUAAAUAGCAGAGCUAUAGUGGUAAAAAAAAUGUAUUUUCUACCACUAGCACAGGUCCACGAACAGAUAUAAAUAAAGGCACGAAACGAACUCUACCGGGUUCUUUGGUAAAGAAAAAACAAAAAAUCAGAAGACAUAGCGAAAUGGUUUUGCAAAAUUUGCGACAAAGCUGAAAUAAAAGACAUGCGACUAUGCUUUAUAUGUGUACAGUACGUUCACGAAGAAUGUGUAGGGCUGACAAAAUUUGAUAAGGAAUCCUUUACAUGUCCUGAUUGUACUGGACCUCACAAUAAUGUUCCUUAAUUUUAAGUUAUUUUAGUAAAAAUUCUUUAUUUUGACAUUUUAGUUUUUACAAAAAGGGUUGUUUAAUAUCUUUGUUUGGUUACAUGUUUUUUAUAGUGUCAAUAAAUAUAAGAUUUUGUAAGUA